UAACUUCUGGAGGCUUUGGAGACAUCUGGAAGUGCAAUUUAGUGAAGCCCGAUAUGACCGUCCAGCAGUGAAGACUAUUCGUGCUUUCGAAUCCGACGACGAGGUCUUGAUGCGGAAGAAUAGUAGGAGAGUCCGUCGCGAACUCAAAGUCUGGGGCCGUCUCAAGCAUGAUACUAUUCUUCCGCUCUGGGGAGUGGCGACUGACUUUGGACCCUACCCCGCAAUGAUCUGCCCAUGGGUCGAAAACGGAGCGCUCACGGGCUAUCUUGAGAGGCAAGAAAGCUCGUUGUCAUCUCACGAUAAGUUUUCCCUUCUGAAUGAUGUUGCCCUUGGAUUGCAAUACCUCCACAGCAAAUCAGUUGUCCAUGGGGACCUGACAGGGUCAAAUGUCUUGAUUUAUGGCAACGGUCGGGCAUGCCUCGCUGAUUUUGGUCUCUCCACUAUCAUUCUGGAGUUUGUCGGUACCUCAUAUUUUACGAGCUCCAUCCGAGGGAAUGUCCGAUGGGUAGCUGCAGAAUUAUGUGAAGUAUCGGAGGAGGACGAGCUCUCGCUCAGCCCCGAGUGCGACAUAUAGUCGUUUGGCAGUAUCACGCUCCAGGUAUUGACUUGCAAGGUACCCUACCACAAUGUGAAGAAGGAUAUUGCGGUGUUAGGACAAGUCAUCAAAGGGAUAAAACCGGAACCUCCUAAAGAAUCGCAAAUAGCGCCUGGGCACUGGGAGUUCAUACAGCAAUGCUGGUUGCCUCGUGCAAGUCGUCCGUCGAUCGCGGAAAUCGUAACAUGUAUAGCAUGUGAACGACAAUUUGUGUCAUCCUAGUCUUUCUGAACAUAUAUACUGACAGUACCAGUGUUAUUAGGAUGUAACAAGAACUGAGUUAAGGUAUCUAUAGAAAAUGCAUUGUGUGGUCACCGGAGUA